UCAUUUCUGUCAUUGUCAUUGCUGGUUGAUUGCCGGUAACUCGUUCGUCAUCUCUAAAGACGCACUAAAUCGCCGGUGCCGGAUAUUUUAUUUGUUACAAAUUGUUAAAUAAGUGUUAUUUUGUGCACAUAGCAUUAAAAAUGGCGCCGCGCACGGCUAAAGCUAAGAAAAAUGCAGAUGUUAAAGUUUCUGAAAAUGGUGUAGCAAAAAAAGGAAGAGGAAAGGCUAAAAAUGUAUUAGAUGUAGAGCAGGACUCAGAAGCAAUUGUAGAAGAAAAAGUUACAGUUUCAGAAAAAAAGAAACGAAAGAUUGCUGCCAGUGAUAAUAAUGAUGACGAGUCAAGUAUCAAUAGCAAAGAAGAUACGGCACCACCAGCAAAGAAAGGAAGAAAGAAAAAUGUGGAAGAAACAAAUUCUGAAGUUAACACAUUAAAUGGUGAUAAUUUUGAGGAAGAUGCAACAACUCCAAAUGAAGACCAGAAUGAGGAGCAAGGUGAUUCAAAUGGGCAUUCUGAAGAUGCUCAAGCUCCUGCUACAAAAGGUCGUAAAAAAACUGCCAAAAAAGAACCCUUGGAAUUGAAGCCUAAAGAAAGUAAAGCUAAAAAAAAUACUAAACAAGAAGUGAAUAUUGAUAAAAAUGAAGUUACUGAAAAAAUACCGAAGGGUCGGGGUAGAGGUCGAAAGGCAAAAAAUCCCGAACCAGAAGAAGAAAGCUAUGAGGUUAAGGGUGAACCUGCAACUAAAGGUAAGAAAAAAGGGCAAAAAAACCAGGAAAAAUCAGAAGUAAAAAAGAAUGUCGAAGAAAAGGAAGCAGAGAAUGAAAAUGAAAACUCAUCCUCAGAAAAAGGAAUUGAAGAAGAUAAAAUAGAAGUAAAAAAGAAAACUCGUAAGAAUGUAGGUAAAAAAGUGCAGGUCAAAGAUGGGUCAGAAGAUAUCGAUGAGGAACCUGCAGAAGCUCUGUCUAACAAGAACGGAAAAGAUGCCAAAAAAGAGGAGAAAGGAAAAGGUGAUGUAAAAGGUGACACCGAAAAAGAUGAUACCAUUCCUGAAACUAAGCCAAAGGGUAAACGUGGACAAAAGAAAGCUGAUAAACCACAACCUGAAGAAAUACAAGACACCGGUGAGCCAACAUCAAAACGUCGGCGUAAGGCUGACGAUAAGGUUUCUGAGGAUAGUAAAAAGAAACCGGCUAAAUCUACGACUGACUAUGAAUCAAUUGAUUUCUCUAACACAUCAAAAAACUCACAGGGUAAAGAAUGGAACUUCAAAAUAGCGAGUUGGAACGUCGACGGAAUCAGGGCGUGGAUGGGGAAGGACGGUUUAGAGUAUUUAAAAUACGAGAAACCUGAUAUAUUGUGCUUGCAAGAAGUAAAAUGUUCUCAAGAGAAGCUGCCAGAUGAGAUAAAGAACGUUCCCGGUUAUCACGCGUACUGGCUAUGUAGCGACAAAGAUGGUUACGCCGGUGUGGGAAUAUACACGACAAAGUUAGCAAUGAAUGUCCAAUAUGGCCUACACAACGAAGAACUAGAUAGUGACGGUCGAAUAAUUACAGCGGAGUAUGAGCAGUUCUAUUUGAUAUGUACAUACGUCCCCAACGCUGGACGCAAACUGGUCACGCUUCCUAAAAGAUUGAAAUGGAACGAAGAAUUUCGAAAACAUGUUAAGACUCUUGAUAAAAAUAAACCCGUAAUAAUAUGUGGGGAUAUGAACGUGGCUCAUAACGAGAUAGACUUGACGAAUCCUAAAACAAAUCGGAAGAACGCCGGUUUCACUGACGAGGAGCGCGCCGGCAUGACAGAGCUACUGGGAGACGGUUUCGUAGACUUAUAUCGCCAUUUCUAUCCAAACAAGACUGGUGCUUACACGUUUUGGAGCUAUAUGUUUAAUAGUAGAUCGAAAAAUGUUGGAUGGCGUUUAGACUACUUCAUUGUAUCUCAGAGAUUACUACCGGCUUUGUGCGACACAGUGAUACGAGAUGAGGUCUACGGGAGUGACCAUUGUCCUAUAACAGUUUUCAUGCACAUUACUAGUGCAGACAAACCAAAAGAAUAGACACGUUCUAUUGAAACUGAUGAGUCUCGAACAAAUACCCUAUUUCCAUCAAUUCAUAGAAUUAAGUGAAUUUCUUUUUAUCAUUUUUUGCUACCUUUUGUUUGAAAUUACUUUUGUAAUCCAGUGAAACUACAUAAAUAAUUUUGUUUAA